AUGGUUUUAGCCCAAUAUGAGACAUCAUUUGAAGCAGGGAUCAAAGUUCAGAUCCACACCCAGGACGAGCCGCCCUUCAUUGACCAGCUGGGAUUCGGCGUGGCACCGGGGUUUCAGACCUUCGUCUCCUGUCAGGAACAACGGUUUCGUGCUCUAGCACCGAUGUACUACAGAGGCUCAGCAGCGGCCAUUAUUGUUUAUGACAUCACAAAAGAGGAAUCCUUCCAAACGCUGAAGAACUGGGUGAAAGAGCUUCGCCAGCAUGGCCCUCCUGAAAUAGUGGUCGCCAUUGCUGGCAACAAGUGUGACCUUUCAGAUGCUAGGGAAGUGCCAGAAAAGGAUGCCAAGGACUAUGCUGACUCUAUUCAUGCCAUCUUUGUGGAAACCAGCGCCAAGAAUGCCAUUAACAUCAACGAGGUGUUUACAGAGAUAAGUAAGCGGAUCCCUGUUAUUGAUGCAGCUGGAGGACCCUCGGGAAAAAGUUUCAGAUUGGGACGGCAGGCCUCAGAGUCUCGCAGGACAUGCUGCUGAUGAUGCUGGGUACUGAACUCAACGUGACCUGUGACCUGACCCUCACUCUUGACCCCCCACCCCCCCGUGCUUUUGAUUUGCUUCGGCUUAAAGACGUCACACAAACUUUCCAAAACGCUGCAAUUGCCCACAUCUGGUUGCAGCUGUGUGUUUCUGAUAGCGGUAGCAAAUCCUUUUUUAAUGGCACUCAGCAAUAGCAAGUCUACAUGUGAUUUUGUCCAAAU